GCCGACGGGACGCCGACCAGACGACUGCGACAUCGAAGAACAUGGCCAAGGCGGUGACGAGUCGCUGAACUACGACCACAAAGGACGACGGAGAUCGAGCCGAACUUGCGGAUACACCGGCUCAACCAAGACAUUCGACUGUAUAGUUAAGCGAAUACUAAUCAAUAAUGAGUCUAAAGAAGAAACCCAAAGAAGACGACCACGAAGCACUAGCCGGAGAAGAAGAAGCUGUCACAGAUGGUCAAAACUAUGUUCUCGUUCCUCCGGAUGGUGGAUGGGGCUGGCUGGUGCUCCUGGGCAGCACAUUGGUCAACAUGUUGAUUCCCGGCACGCUUAAGUCAUUUGGGGUGCUGUUCGUGGAGUUCACAGAAGCAUUUCAUGCGUCAGAGACCGCAGCCUCUUGGAUACCCGCAAUUUGCUAUUUUCUUUAUUGUUCUUUAGGUCCUGUUUCGAGUUACCUGUCAUCAAUAUACUCAUAUCGUACAGUAACGCUAAUUGGAGGCACUUUAGCUUCUCUGGGAUUGAUGCUCUGUUAUUUCGCCGAUUCAAUCACAUUUCUGUACUUCAGUUACGGAAUGAUGUUCGGCUGCGGCGCAGGUCUGGCGUUCCCACCGGGCAUAUUCAUCGUGACAUCGUACUUCGUCAAGUACCGCGGGUUCGCCAACGGAGUGGCCAUAUCGGGCAGCUGCCUGGGUUCCAUGUUCCUGCCGCCGUUCCUGGGCUACCUGAUCGAACACUACGGUUACAAGGAGGUGGUGCUGAUACUCGGAGCCCUUACGCUCAACGUGUGGGUGGGCGCGAUGCUGUACCAUCCAGUCGAGCAGCACAUGGUCAAGCAGUACGUGGAAGAUUGCGAGUGCGUGGACGACGGGCUGGACAGCGGUGGCGAAACGGAUGCGGUUGUGACGUCGUCGGUUUCCCUGGCCGUGGCCACGGCGAACUCGGUGGUCGGCGGCAAGAGCUUGACGGAAUUGCACCGGUGCGGCGGCGACGACGACGACGAGGAUGGGCGGCACCAGGAGACGGUGUCGCUGCUGGCGCAGAACCUCAACGGGUACGUGAUCGUCAACGAGCUGAACGCGUCCAGCGUCAAGGUGCCGGCGGACGACCGGUACCUGCUGGCCGGCGACGGCGUGGCGAUCAUCGCGGCGGUCAACAGCAAGUCCGUGGCGCGGCCGCUGGGCGGCGGUUCCUGUUCGCCAAAGUCACUGCAGGCGUUCAGCAGUUGCGGCCUGUUGCGGACCACCAGCGGCGGCGCGGCCGACCACAUGCAGCUGCAACACCAUAACUUGCACUACCAGCACCAGCACUGCAGCAACCUGCAGGCGCCGGCGUUCCGGGGCGCAGCCGGAUCUUCGUCGCUGUCAUCGCUGCGGUACGUCAGCACGCCAUUCCACGGCAGCACGUUGGUCAGCCUGUACGAGGACUCGCAGCCCAAGAAGAAGCAGCAGCAGGAGCAGCGCCGUCGGAGGCGGGACAAGCGGGACAAACGGCGGUGCGGUAAGCAGCAUGAGCAGCCGGAAGCUGGUGACGGCGACGGGACCGACGAGCAACCGACGUCGUCCCGCCGCAAGACCGUGGCCGGCGCGCUCCAAUUGCUGUCCGACCCGCUGUUCAUUGUCAUACUCGUGUCCAACGCCACCACGGCCAUCGGGUACACGAACUCGGCCAUCCUGCUGCCGUCGUACGCCAUCAGCAUCGGCCACGACAAGAGCAGCUCGCAGUACCUGCUGUCCGUGGUGGCCGUGCUCGACCUCGUCGGCCGGGUAGGCGGCAGCACGCUGUCCGACUGGAUCCGGCUGGACAAGCGGUACUACUACCUGGGCGGGCUCGUCCUGUCUGGCGUCGCGCUGUUCGUGCUUCCGUUCGCCGACGACUACCCGACCAUGUGUUGCGCGUGCGCCGCGUUCGGGCUCGGUUCUGGCGUCGUGGUCGGCAUCACGGCCGUCAUUAUGGUUGACAUGCUGGGCGAGGAGCGGCUGUCUUCAUCGUACGGCAUAUCGCUGUUCUGCAACGGGCUGGUGCAGCUCAUCGGGCCGCCCGUGGCCGGAUACAUCUUCGAGACGAUCGGCUCGUACAAGCCCGUUUUUCACGGCAUGGGUGUCAUAUUGCUGUUCGGUGCCUCCACGUGGAUGCUGACGCCGUUCUUCAAGAAGAACCAUCACCGCCACUGACUGCUGCGGUCGCCACAUAUUCUUUAGAAUAAUACUACUAUAUUAUACACUUAGGUACACACACUUAAACACAAACACCCACCCACCCACACACACACACACACACACACACACACACACACACACACACACACACACACACACACACACACACACACACACACAAAUACAAAUACACUGACUUACCAUAUACAUAAUAGAUUCUAAUUUUAUUUAAGUAUGACAUUAUACAACAAUUACAUAUAUUUUGGCAUAUCCGACGCGUAGGUAUUUAUUAUACGGUUAGUGUAUUAUAUAGGUUAUUAUACGCCAGUGGCGUAAUUCGAGUGUUGCAAGUGUUAUAUUAUAUUUAGUUGCACAGGCAACACCAAACCGUUUUUGGGUGUUGCAAAAGUAACACCAAAAGUAUUAAAGUUUGUAAGGGUCCUACGUCGUUACUCAUUAAAUUUAUUUUUGAAAAAUAAGUUAAUUAACACUUAAUUCGAUUAUCUAAAUCUAAUUUUCCAUAUUAAGAUGAUAAGAUGGUUAUCGUCACGGUGGUUACCGCAUGUCAAUUAAAACCAAAAUUACAGGUUUGGUUUGGCUUUUCGUUCAUCGAUAUUUUAAUGAAAAUAUUUUUUAAAAGUUUGGGAAAGACUCUUUAACAGUGUUGGGAAAGUGUCUUUAUUACAGUUAUUUAUGUUUCAGAGGAAGAAUUGAGGCCGUCGAGGGACAGACGAGGGGGAUUAAAUAUCCAAAUUGUAACAAAAGAAAGUUUGCAACUCCAAAAAUUUGAAUUUAACAUUAUGCCACUGAUUAUAUCUGUACACUAAAUAUACUAUAUAAUGAUAUUAUACAAUAAUUUAUUAAUUACUCCGUUUAAUUAUAUACAAUUAUAAGUAGGUAAGUCGCGUAACACCAAGACUGGUCCGUUACACCAAGGGGGGAUAUCCGUUUAGGCUCCCAGCCCCCUCCUCUGCAUGAGUCGGGGUAUUAAAGGAUUUAAGGAUUCUGAUUCAGAUGACGUGACGGAGUUCGGUCGAUUGCGACGAGCAACUACACGAAUGGACUGAAUUUCAUUUAAACUUGUGUAGCGGUGACGGUCGUAUGUACCUACAUCGUUUCGUCACGAUAUCGAUAUUAGUAAGUAUGUAGUAUUACAUGGUCUUGCAAAAUUUACAUAUCCUAAGCGAACCAACCAUCAUGUGUCGGUGUUAAUUUUGGCUCGAAAAGGGUCCCAUCGACACAAGUCCCCUAAUUCGUGGGCAUCCAUUUAUUGUUUAUAUUUUUUGAAUUUUUUUAUUAACGUCUGUGCGCGUAUCGACGACCGUCGAUUAUCAUCGCGGCGUGUGGAUAUUAUCUCGUAAAUCUCGUUUAUUAUCAUCUUCACCGACCAAAAUUUAUAACAUUCCGCAUCGGCGAGCGCAUCAGUUACGCAACAUUAUAUUUCCGCUAUGACGUAUAUUUUAAGCGUUCGCCGUAGAUACGCCACCGAAGGAAUUCGUACGAAAACAAUGUAUGUUUACCUGCAAUAUCAACAGUGGCGUGCUGAACAAUUUUCAAAGUCGAGGCAAAAGACCAAGGAUCCCCGGCUUCCCCAAAAUAUUCAGGAUUUUCGUGUCCUGAGUAAAUCAUUUUUUUUUAUACUGACAAAAAGACGACAUCGCGUAUUGUGUAUUAUAUUUUUGUAUUUUUAACGUUUAUCACACACCCACCCCACCCACCUACCCAUUUUAGACUUGAAACAAUCGCCUCGAUCGGGGGGGAAAGAGGAACCCUCUAAGAAACACGCCCCACUCCCAACGACACUAUCUAUAUGUAAAUACAUAUUAUAUACCGACUUUUGUUUCGGUGUGCUUUUUGGUCGCAGUGACGUAUAAAGCGCUCGUCGCCGUUUUCGUGAAUUUCGCGUAGGUACGCCACCACCGCAGGAAUUCGUAUGAAAACCAUGUGUUUACCCGCAACAUCAAUAAUGGUGUGCUGAACAAUGUUCAAAGUCAAGGCAAAAGACCCCCAAAAAUAUGCAGGAUUUUCGUGUCCCGCGUAAAUAAUUUUUUUCACAGACAAAAUAUAAACUGCAUCGUACCAUAUUUUUUUGUAUUCUUAACGUUUUUCACUCACUGACCCCCCUCCCUCUCCUCACCGUCACGUUUUAGACUUGAGACAAUCGCCUCGAUUGGGGGUAAACCCUCUGAGGAAUGUGCCACUUCCACCGCCACUACAUAUACCGACACGAGCGUGUACAUACCAUAUCGCUAUCACACAUAAGUAAUGAGUUCCUCGUCUGCGCGUUUAUUAUCAUAAGUAAGUUAUAGACAUAAAUCAAUUAAUAAUUAAUACCGAAUAGUGACGUAUUGUCAACCACGACAUCCACCAGCAAACUGUUUUUGUUUCGAUUCUUACCUAUACCCAUACCGCGAUUCUUCCAGCCCCCGACGUCGCAUUUUAUAUAUUUUAAUAUUAUAAUAUUGUAAAUUGUCGUCUCACGCCGCGGAUGACUCUAAGCUAAAAUAACAAACCCGUUUUAGGCUAAAUAUAUUAACUUUGUAAGUCAUUAUAACGACGCUUACCUCGUUGGUAUUUAUUUUUUUAUUCAUUUAGACACUCUUCUCCCCAAACACCCACUCUCACGACCCUCGUGUUUAUAUUGCCUCGACGGCCGUCACCCAUUCAACCGUUGUUUGAGACGCCCGCCGACGAUAUUAUUAUAUUUUUGUUAUAUUUUUGUUGGAACCAAAAACGACGAAUUUAAACACAGAAAAAUAUAUUAUAUUAAUGUCUAAUUAUUUUGUUUUUUUCGUACCUGUUGUUUAUUACGAAUCUUCCGUGUCGGUUAUUAUGAUAAUAUAGGUGUAUAACACAAUAUAUUAUUAUGUUGUUGUUGUUGAAUUAGUGGUUACCUACGUUGUUUUUUUUAUUCAUUUUUUUUAUUUUAUCAAAAAUUUAUAUUAUAUUAUAAUAUAAUAAUAUUAUACUAUAAUAAUAUAAUAUUAUUAUACUAUGAGUAUUACUAUGUAACAUUAAAACAUUUGUCUGAACUGAUAAUAUAGAUACCGUACCUAGCUAUAGUUAUGUAUGAUAA